AUAAGAGGAAGAAAUCGGUUACUGAACUUUUUUUUUUCUUUUUCCUGUUUUUUGGCAUUUGCUGGGUCUGAUAAUACUCGCAUAUCAAAGAAAGCGACUAUUGAGAAAAAGGAAAGAGAAAGAAAAGAAAAAAGGGGCCCCUUCUCCUAGAUCAUAUCCCAUUCGAUUUUCUGUCCAUUUGUUCGCUUGUUCUCUCUGUCGAUCAGAAGGGAUUUUCUAUUGUGAUUGUUAUCACGUCUGCGGAACUACUAGAACAGUAAUUUUGUAAAGCAGGCUGAAAGUACUGAUUUCUUCUUGUCAGCAUAGUUACAGGCUUUCCAGAAACUUCAACUUGCCCUGCUAUGGCAACAAAUGAAAAUCUUCCUCCAAAUGUGAUAAAACUGUUGGCAAGAGAACUGAAAAAUCUCGAUGAAACACCACCAGAGGGCAUUAAAGUAGUACUGAAUGACGAUAACUUUUCAGUUAUAUAUGCUGAUAUUGAAGGCCCAGCUGGGACUCCGUACGAAAAUGGUGUUUUCCGCAUGAAGUUGACAUUGUCUCAUGAUUUCCCACAAUCCCCUCCUAAAGGCUAUUUUCUGACCAAGAUUUUUCAUCCAAAUAUUGCUACCAAUGGCGAGAUCUGUGUUAAUGCCUUGAAAAAAGAUUGGAAUCCAAGUCUUGGCUUACGACAUGUUUUAAUUGUGAUAAGGUGCUUAUUAAUUGAACCAUUUCCAGAAUCAGCUUUAAAUGAACAGGCUGGCAAGAUGCUGCUCGAAAAUUAUGAGGAGUAUGCGAGACAUGCAAGACUUUACACCGGUAUUCAUGCUCUCAAGCCAAAGCCAAAGUUCAAAACUGGCGCUAUUUCUGAGUCUACCACUGCCCUAAACGUUGAACAGAAGAAUGAUUCGACCAAGAGCGUCGACCAGAAGAAUGCAGUGUCAGGUGCCAUAGCCCAACAGCCAUCUCCACUGGCUCCAAAACUCGAAAAUGGUCAAGAUUUACCGGCUGCCUUAACUUCAUCGACUGAGACUGUAGUUCCAGGGGCACAGAAGAAAGAAGUUGGGAUGGCAAAAGUUACGACAGACAAAAAGAAGACGGAUGCAAGAAAGAAAAGCUUGAAGAGAUUAUAAAACUUUCAAGGAUCUUUUGGACAAAUCCAUUUUAUGUCACUAUGUUAUUGUCGUUUUGACAUGUUCAACUCUUGACCUUUGAGUUCAAUUUUUCUUCUUCAAAUGGCUCUCACAUCAGAUAUUUUCUAUU